UUCUCAGCUAGACACAAUCUUUCCGGCAUUUUUACAUUUGUCGAUGAAAAGGUCACCGGGUUAACAGGGCAUAGGACGACAGAUUUGUUGGGCAGAUGCCUGUUUGACUUUUGCCACGAUGAUGAUCUGAUGUCUCUACAAGAUGUUUUCAAACAAAUGUUGGUGAACAAAGACCACGUGAUAAACGCAACAUUCAGAAUGAUAACAAAAGAUUAUAUAUCAUUAAAGAUAAGUUGUUCGACGUUCAUCAACCCCUACACCAAUGCUGUCGAAUAUAUCAGUUGCACUUAUAAGAAUGCGAAAUCUAAU